CCUACGGACGUACUCCGUCGUGUAUCUAGGUGUUCCCCCUUGGCACGCUUUCCACCUGCGACAACGCGGCCUCAGAUCCCGACCUCGAACCCCCCCCCCCCCCCCAAACAACAACCCAGCUCUUCGGCUGUGCGCCCGCCAACUCGACAAACAACAACAUCCAACAAGUGCGAAUUUGAAUUCGACUCGACAGCCCAUCGAUUCGUCUCUCUUCAUGCGCAUCAAUCCGAUCCGGAACCGCCGACUUUAACAACACCCGUGCCGGGCUCGACCACGGGGCUCCCGUAGUCCGCCAAAUACAAUGAAAAUCUGGUCAGGUGCGGCGUUGCUGGGCCUCGCCGCCCUCGCGACGGCCUCACACAUCCUCCCGCGGGACUGGGAGGCAAACGACUACUACGUCCUCCAUCUCGAUGCAGACACGUCGCCUCAAGAGGUAGCCAGGAGCCUGGGCCUGUCGCAUGAGGGUCCUCUGGGCGAGCUCCGAGACCAUCACGUCUUUGUCGCGAAGCGGGCCGAACACGACGUCGUCAAGCGGGAGCUGGCCCGGCGACGGAAAAAGCGGUCACUGGGUCUGGGUGGGAGAGACGUCCUGGACGGCGUCCUCUUCUCCCAGAAACAGCGGCUGCGGAAGCCGUGGGAGAAGCGCGUCGUUCCCAGACUGUUCGGUCCUCUGCCCCGGAGGUCGGUGGACGAGCCAGUGGAAUCGCUCGUCCAAAGACAGACCGAAGUCGCCCGAAAGCUCGACAUCAAGGACCCCAUCUUCCACGAACAAUGGCAUCUCUUCAACACGGUCCAGGCCGGCCACGACGUGAACGUCACGGACGUAUGGCUGCAGGGCGUCACGGGCAAGAACGCCACCGUUGCCAUCGUCGACGACGGCCUGGACAUGUACAGCGACGAUCUCCGGGACAACUACUACGCCUUGGGCUCGUACGACUUCAACGACAAGGCCGACGAGCCGCGGCCCCGCCUGGCAAACGACAACCACGGGACCCGCUGCGCCGGCGAGGUCGCGGCCGGCAGGAACAAUGCCUGUGGCGUGGGCGUGGCAUACGACUCCAACAUCGCCGGCCUGCGCAUCCUGUCCAAGCUGAUCUCGGACGCCGACGAGGCCGUAGCUCUGAACUACGACUUCCAGCACAACCAGAUCUAUUCCUGCUCGUGGGGCCCGCCCGAUGACGGAAAGAGCAUGGACGCCCCCGGCAUCCUCAUCCGCCGCGCCAUGUUGAACGCCGUGCAGAACGGCCGCGGGGGGCUGGGCUCCAUCUACGUCUUCGCCAGCGGCAACGGUGCCCACAACGAGGACAACUGCAACUUUGACGGCUACACCAACAGCAUCUACAGCAUCACGGUUGGCGCCCUCGACCGGAAGGGUCAGCAUCCCUACUACUCGGAAAGUUGCUCCGCCGGCCUCGUCGUCACCUACUCGAGUGGCAGCGGCGACGCAAUCCACACCACCGACGUCGGCCAGAACACUUGUACCAGCAGCCAUGGGGGAACCUCUGCCGCCGCCCCGCUGGCCGCCGGCAUCUUUGCCCUCGUCCUCCAGGUGCGCCCGGACCUCUCCUGGAGAGACAUGCAGUACCUCGCCAUGGACACCGCCGUGCCCGUCAACGUGGACACGGGCGACUACCAGGACACCACGAUUGGCAAGAAGUUCAGCCACACCUACGGCUACGGCAAGCUGGACAGCUACGCCAUCGUCGAGGCGGCCAAGAAGUGGAAGAAGGUGAAGCCGCAGGCUUGGUUCUACUCGCCCUGGAUCCACGUCAACCAGCCCAUCCCUCAGGGCGACAAGGGCGUCGUUGUCGAGUUCGAGGUAACCAAGGAGAUGCUCGAGGAGGCGAACCUCGACCGUCUCGAGCAUGUCACCGUCACCAUGAACGUGGAGCAUGGCCGCCGUGGUGAUCUCAGCGUCGACCUCAUCAGUCCCAACAAGAUCGUCAGCCACCUGUCCGUCACCCGGAAAAAUGACGAUUCCGACAAGGGCUACAACGACUGGACCUUCAUGAGCGUGGCUCACUGGGGCGAAUCCGGCGUUGGCACCUGGACCAUCGUCGUCAAAGACACCGAAAUCAACCAAUACACGGGCAAGUUCAUCGACUGGCACCUCAAGCUCUGGGGCGAGACUCGCGACGCCAGCAAGGCCCAGCUCCUCCCCAUGCCCACCGAGGAAGACGACGACGACCACGACGUGAUCGCGACCACCACCGCCACCGCAGCAACGACGACCGUCUCGAAGCCCGAGGCGACCGGCUCCGUCCCGGCGGACGCGACCGACCAGCCCAACCGCCCCGUCAACUCCAAGCCCACGGACACGUCUCCCGCCGAGACCUCCUCCUCCUCCUCCUCCUCCUCGUCGUCGGCCGAGACCGACAAGACCAACACCUGGCUGCCCUCCUUCCUGCCGACCUUUGGCGUCUCCGCGGCGACCCAGGCCUGGAUCUACGGCUCGCUCGUGCUCAUCGUGCUCUUCUGCGCCGGCCUGGGUAUCUACCUGUACCUGGCCCGCCGCAAGCGCCUGCGCAACAAGACGCGCACCGACUACGAGUUUGAGCUGCUCGACGACGACGACGACGACGACGAAGAGGCGGCGGCGCUGACACGCGGCGGCGGCGGCGGGGAGAAGGGCGUCGUUGGCGGCGGCGGCGGCGGCGGCGGAAAGCGGGGCAGGAGGACGAGGGGCGGCGAGCUGUACGACGCCUUUGCUGGGGAGAGCGACGAGGACAGCGACGACAACGAUUUCGCGGGCGGCGGUGGUGGCGGGGGCGGGGGCGGGUACCGCGAUCGCAGCGACUCCCGGUCCCGGUCCCGGUCGGACGGGAGCGGGUCCCCGAUCGGGAUAAGCGAGAAGCUGCCUGGGCGGAGGGAUAGCUUGUCCGGUGAGGAGGAGCAUCAUGUCGUCGGGGAUGAUGAUGACGACGACGAGGACGGGACUGGGAACGAUCAGGCCCGGCCGUUGCAGGGCGGGGCUCGGUAGUAGUGUUGUUUUCUGUUUUCUCGUUUUAUUUCGGGUCUGGGAUGUCUUUUUUUUAUUUUAUUUUUUUAUUUUUGUCGCGGUGUGAGUGUGUUUGUCGGGUCCGGUUCGGCAGUUCAUGAUCAUUCCUCUAUAAAUAAGGUAUGGAUCGUAUAUAUUAUAUAUUACAUACAGUUGAAGCCUUAGCACAGUAUGAAUCUCC